AUGCGUUACUCCAUUGCCUUCCUCUCCGCUCUGGCCACCUCGGUCUUGGCUGCCAACUCCACUGAUUCGUACACUUUCCCCGAGGGCUGGAACAUUGGCCUGGUGGACGCCGACACUCGGAGCAGCUGGUGUACCGGACAGCGCAAUGCCUGCCCUGCCAUCUGCCAAAAGGGCACCAAGCUCAACUCGUGCGACCCCACCACCCUGAAGUUCAGCUGUGUCUGCAGCGAUGAUUCGUCGCCCGAUGUUUCUCCCUACAUGCAGACCAUCCCCUUCUACGUCUGUGAGAACAACUACGGCCAGUGCAUCACCGCUCACGCCGACGACGCGGUGGGCCAGCGCGCCUGCAAAAAGGCCGCCUCCAACUGUGGCAGCAAGAACGCCAGCGAGGAGUCCACCACUCCCUCUUCCUCGACUACCGUUGCGUCCACCACUCUGGCUACGGCUACCGCCACUGACUCGUCUGCCUCCGAGACCACUUCCGUCGCUGCGGCUAGUGCCACCACUAGCAACGCUGCUGCUGGUGACAUGACCAAGAUGUCCACCGGUGUCAUGGCUGGCCUGAUGUUCGUGGCCGCUCGCAUGAUCCUGUAG